AGUCAUUUUGGCUGCGGCGAAGAGGUGGCGCCACCCAGCCUCCCGCAGCCUCUUGGCCUGGGCCGAUGGCCUUCCCCGCGGCCGCGCAGGGCGACGCCAGGGAGGACGAGCUGGACGCCCUGGCACGCGGCGUCCAGGCCAUGAGCUUCGGCGAGGACAGCUCGGAGGUCGACCGCCGGUACGAGAUGACCGAGAAGAUCGGCGAGGGCACCUACGGGACCGUGUACAAGGCCAUGUGCCGCCAGACGGGCCAGGCCGUGGCGAUCAAGAAGAUCAAGAUCCUGCCAGAGGACGAGGGCGUCCCUUCGACCGCGCUCCGCGAGAUCUCGCUGCUCCAGGACCUCCGGCACCCCAACGUCGUCCGGCUCCACGACGUGUUCAGCAGCCGUGUCAGCCUGCACCUGGUGUUCGAGUGCCUCGACAUGGACCUGAGGAUGCACCUGAAGAGGUCGGGCCGCAUGGGGGGCGACACCCUCCGGAGCGCCUCCCGCCAGUGCUUCGCUGGCCUCGAGUUCUGCCACGCCUUCGCAUCCUGCACCGCGACCUGAAGCCGCAGAACGUGCUGGUCUCCAGGCAGCCGGCCGGCUCCGGCUCCCCAGAGGGCGCCACGAGCCAGGCACCGCGGCUCGUGCUCGCGGACUUCGGCCUCGCUCGCAACUUCUCCGUGCCGCUGAAGGUGUACACCCACGAGGUGGUCACCCUCUGGUACCGAGCCCCCGAGGUCCUGCUCGGGCAGCUGUGGUACGGCCCGUCCAUGGACAUUUGGUCUUUGGGCUGCAUCGUCGGUGAGAUGGCCACCGGCCAGCCGUUGUUCCCAGGGGACUCCGAGAUCGACACCAUUUUCAAGAUCUUCUGCUGUCUCGGAACGCCCAACGACGAGGUGUGGCCCGGCGUGUCGACCCUGAAGGAUUUCAAGACGAGGUUCCCGCAGUGGAAGGACACCCAUCUCGAGGGCGUUCGUGCCGACGCGAAGGGCGGCCUCGACGGCCAUGGGCUGGACCUGCUGCGGCAGUGCCUCAGGUACAACCUGGUGGACCGGGCCUCCGCCAGGAAGCUGCUGCGGCACCCGUUCCUCGAGGUGGCUGCCUCGGCGCAGCGCGCACCGCCAGGGGCCUCUGAGCCUUCCCCAGUCGUGCCCAGGUAGGCCCUGCGACGGCUGCUGCGCGGAGCUCUCCGGCCUGCCUCCUAUGCGCGGUUUCCCUCCUCGGCGGCGUGCCGCUGAGUGGUGGAACAUCCGCGAGGCUUUGCUUAGAGCCUGGAGUGUUAGGCCGGGGGGCAGUGGGAGCCGAGGUCUGCCCAGGGGCUCAGCAGUUCCUGGGCGUGCUCCGUGCACGUCCGAAUUCGAUAUAUUUCGGCAGGGACGCCUAAUUUGCAAGAGAUAGAGACGAGAAA